CUCCUCCCAGGUGCCUCCCAUGCAAAGAUGAUCCCCUUCCUCCUGGCAAAGUCUGGGUUUCUGGUGCACGGUCUGCCACAAUCUCGACCUGCCAAGCCCCCGAACCAACACAAGCCUUCAACCACCGUGACCACCCAACUUCUCCAUCUCCAGUGCUGUGGUUCACCAUCAAUUCGAUCAAAGCUUGGCUUCUUACGUUGUUCGUCUCUUGAGUCUUGGGAACCAUUCGACGUUAUUGUCGCUGAUCGCUGUUCUCGCGAAUCGUCGGCUGUGCUUUGUUGGCCUGACGAGACUAUUGGUGAAUGUUAUCAUCUUCCAGCUCAGCAGCGCUGCGCCCAGACCUCUGUCCACGCUCCUUCCGAUCUUCUCGCAGCCUGCGCUCUGACGUGAACUGCGCGCUUCUGCACGUCUAGGAUUGUGUAACCGGGUGUCCAGCACGUUAGACUUGCGUACCCUGAGUCGCACCGAUAUCGCACCACGGCCCACGAAGACCCAUUACCUCGAUCUUUGCGCUGUAUCUGCUCUUCUGAGCCAGAUCAACAAUGUUUUGGUCGAGACCACCCCGAUAACAUUGAAUGGCUCAGGUUGUGACGGCAAUGCCUCUCGAGUCACUGCUCACAAAUCCCAACCAAGCAGUGCCUCGUUCGCGCUCAAUACUGUCGUACUUUUCCAGCUCGCUCGGGAAACAUGCUCGGAACAUGUUCGACGUCGCUAUCGAACCAGAGGAUCCGUUUCGAGUCUAUUCUCCGGGCCAGAGUGUAAAGGGUCAUGUCCUCUUGACGGUCUCCAAAGGCUUUGAUAUCACACACCUUGUGAUUGCGCUACAUGGCUAUGCAAAAGUUUAUAAACACCAAAUACCGCCUGGCGAACGGCUGCCUGCUCCAGAAGGCCUAGCGACUGGGAAGGGCACACGAGGUUUCCAAUACCAUGGCAAUGGACUCGCGACCUUGUUUCAGAACGAGCAAGUCCUAUGUGGAAGCGGGUUUCUCAAAAAGCAUGUCUACAAGUUUGCUUUUGAAGUCCCCUUCCCGGCGAAAUCCUUGCCUAGCACGAUUGAUGUUUGUUCUCCCACAAUUGUGGCCUUCGGACACCAACUGACGCGUUGCAGUUCGAACGAGGCACAAUUUCCUACAUGCUUACCGCCACAGUCACGCGUCCAGUCACAAUUAGUCCGGCAGUCAGCCGCAGUAUUAGAAUCAAAUUUCGAGACCAGAUCGAUGUCGAGCCCAUGUCCCAUCCCAAAUCCAGGGUGAUCACACUCGAACCCAUCUCGAAACGAGGCAAAGUCAAGCUCGUGAAGCCGCCUUCUUCGAUUUCUACUCAGAAUGUCUCUGCUGCCGGCCAGUUGACCCGAAACAAUACGCAGAACAGUACGACCAGUCGAAGUACCAAUUCUAUCGGCAAUCCACCUCUGAGCCCCGCGCCAAGUGAAGACACAGUCCACACCAACACCACUACCACGAGUACGCAGAGCUUCCAAAUGGCCGACGCUGAGUCGCCUGGCCGUAAACAGAGUCCACAGACUAGCGACGCGCGGAGUAACGCCACUUCCUCAUCUGCUCACACUAUCACCGCAACUACUGAGCUUCCACGUCACGGUGCAUUACCUGGAGACACGAUACCCCUUCGUGUCUCUAUCAACCACACGCGAGAUAUCCGGGGCAUGGUCAUCGCAACCAUCUACCGUCAAGCCCGAGUGGACAUGCAUCCCGCACUUCCUUUGGGAAACAGUGAGGGUAAGAAGAGGGCCGAGUACGAAGAUGUUUAUCCGAAGUCGCGCACGGGUCUUGGGGGAUUGUAUUUUGCCAAUGCGUCUCCCAACAGUGUGUUUCGGAAAGAUCUGGCUCAGUCCUCGACGAUGAUGGUUGUCAAUCCAGCCACUAUGACUGCAGAUAUCACCAUGUCUCUCAAGAUUCCCGAUGAGGCGUUUCCGACCAUCGCAAACGUCCCUGGCGGAAUGAUCUCGUUCACGUAUCACGUCGAAGUGGUUGUUGAUUUGUUUGGAAAGCUGGGAGAAACUCGACUGUGGCCUCGCUUGACCACUAGUGACCCUGUCUUCUCCCAGGCUGCCGAAGCUGGUAACCAGCUAACUUCGGACUGGUCACAUGGCAUAUUGGACACCACCCAACUGCGUCGAACGAGGGGCGUUAUCACAUUCGAGAUGUCGCUAGUGAUAGGUACACAAGAUAGCGGCAGGAGGAAAAGGUUGGACAGACCUGCCGAACCCCCGACUUCCGAGCCCUUGCCGCACUGGCUAGACCAAGGAGGACACGAUGCAUUCUAUCAGAACGGUGAACAUGAUGGACAGUAUUAUGAUGAGAAUGGUCAGCCAUACUAUGACGGGUACGACUACGACUUCGACUACGGUCAGGGCUACGAUCAGAAUUAUUAUCUCGAAUUUCCCACUCCAGCUCCCGAUUUCAUUGCUCCGCCUCAACCUCGGGAAGAUGUAGACGAGAAGUCCCGGUUACGGAGACAAGAGCAGCUUUUACUACCGAGCGAACCCCCACCCGAUGGUGAGGCUUCGACCAGUGCAGCUGAAUAUGCUCCGACGGCGCCUGUAAUCUUGUCAAGCCCUCUGCCAACAAGAGAACAUGCACAACAGGACGGAACUACCACACCUUCCACCUUCAACACUACUGCAUCGGUCAUGUCGGCGAGGUCUGGUGACACUAUACGGCCUCGUUCGGCUUCUCCUCCGCCAGCGCCACCAUCAUUACGUGGCGUUGAUGCCACCGACGACAAGCAUGAGCUUGAGCGAAGACGGCUUCUCGCGCAGGCAAGCGCGCCGCCAGUGGAAGACGAGACGGGGACUUCCAGCAGUUCUGUCGCACCACAACCUUUGGUGCCCAGUGCACCAACGAUUAACGAGCAAGACGAAUAUAAUGUACAGACAUUGAACCAUGAUCACAUAGGGUCGGAUCUGCCACAGUAUGAGCGCUGACUGAAAAGAUGUUUUGAUUUUGAUAUUGGAGUUGAGCACAGCGAUGGCGCUGGCGGGAUUUUAACGGUAUGUUGGAAGCCGAGCCAGAAAAUGUCUGGAAGACCUUGGACGGUGAUGUUAUGGUCAUGUUGGCGUGAGGUUUAGCUGUGAUGGCCGAUGGUCAGCACCAGGCAGUUGGAGGACGAGACGAGCACAAUGCCAUUGAGCCCAACCAGUACGCAGAUGGUCUGGCAGUCCAAGGUAUAAAAGAAGUCGGAAACCGACACCGAUUGUACAUUCAGUGUAUCCAUGCCGCAGAAGAGCUCCAGCUACUUCUAAGGAUUCUGCACAUUGAUCUCAAGUUGGCCAUGGUCUUCCCUGCUCUGUGAACCUUGGAGCCUCCGAGGAAUUUAAGCCAAGCAUAAACUCUGGCACGUGACAUUG